AUGUCGGGGUCCGGUCGAAAGGACCUGCCGUCGGAUCCGGCACCGCUCGUCGAGCGCCGGACCACGUGGCUCUUCGUCCGCACACUGCUAUGGAAGAACGGGAUACUCAAGCGCCGCCACCCCGUGGCCACGUUCAUGGAGAUCGCGCUGCCCUGUUUGUUCAUCUUGCUCAUGGGCGUCCUCAAGACCCUCGUGGAAGACGUCGACGUGCCCGAAGGGUGGAGCGACGACAACAGUGUUGCAGGCGACAGCUCCCAAGGCACGUCGUACAACCUCUACGAGCCAUCGGGCACGUUUUUGUCCGGCAUUCCAGCGGUGUUGCCCAAGUUUACGAUGCACGAGACGUCGAUUUGGGGCAUCCUCUUGUACAUGGGCACACUCUCGAUCCGAGGGGGUGCGAGGUUGGGCGAGUUGUCCGAACGGGAGCUGGGGGAGUGUAUCACGGGUGUCACUGUUCGAGGAUUGGUCGAUGUCGACCCGUUGUCGGCGUCUGCCGUUCCCAGUUCUUGCCGCGGGAAAGUCGCGCCGUACAAGAUUGCAAUUGUGCCGGACAAUGCGUUCACGAGAGAUUACUUCAUGCAGACAAUGUCGUUGUGGUAUCCGCGCAUCGAUCUUUGGAACGCGUCGACGUCGGUGGUGUUCCCGUCAUUGAUGGAGAGUGUCCAGUUUUUCGACACGGAGGAAGCGCUGGAAGAUUACGUGAGUGGCAGUGAUUACGCUUCUGGUCCGGAGAAUCCUCGUAUCUACGGUGGAAUUGUGUUCGACUCGAUCCCGAGUGGGGACAACAUUGGGUCAUUCGAGGACAUUGAGUACACGGUGAGACUGAACUCGACUCGCCAACGGGGUGAUAUUGGCUACAUCCCCAAGACAAGUGGAGAUCCACCGCAGAUGGAACCGUUUCAACGAUCGAUUAGUGUGCAGUACUACGCGAGAUACGCGGUCACGGGUUUCAUGACGCUCCAAACGUUGGUGACGCGAUUCGUGACGUGCAUGCCAGAGUGGGAUGCCAGUACCAAAACUACGACUGGAAUCUGCCAGCGUCCACAGUCGACGGCAAGAUCGUCGCAGGAAACCGACCAAGCUCUGCUGUUGUCCUUGGACAACGAUGCUAUCAUUUAUUCAGUUGUCCAGGAUAUUGCUGGGUCGGAUGUGACGUUUUCGGGUUUGAGGGACAUUGUCUCGAAUGAGACGCUGGAAGCGCUGCUACGACCACUGCGACAAGCACCACAGCCGUAUCUUGGAGCUUCGGUCGCGCCGUUUCCGAUCCGAGCGUACACCAGCUCUCCCUUUUACGAUCAAGUGUCGGACGUGUUUGCAAUCGUGUUCGUCUUAUCGUACCUGUUUUCGAUUUCGCGCAUUCUUGUGAUCCUCAUUCAAGAGAAAGAGCUGCGAUUGCGCGAGUACAUGAAAAUACUUGGUGUGAAGGAGAGAGCUAUCGUCGUAUCUUGGUACAUGACGUACAUCCUUAUUCUGCUCGUGGGAUCGAUUCUUCAGGCGCUCGUUGGUUUGGCGGGACUCUUUUCGAACAGCUCUGUGGUGCUCAUCUUCCUCUUCUUUUUCCUGUUUAGUCUAAGCGUGCUGGCAUACGGAUUCAUGAUAAGCACGAUCUUUAGCAAAGCGCGAGUUGGAGCGUUCGUGGGAAUGGUGCUGUUCUUCCUCAUGUACUUUGUGUCGGCGGCGUUCACACCGGAAAGUGCUGAAGGCCCGAAGAUAGCUGGCUGUAUUCUUUCUCCCGUUGCACUCUCAUUGGGUGUCACGUUCUUGUCAAAUUUGGAGGCCACUGGAACAGGCGCCAACUUUUCGAACGCCAGUGUCCUGAAUGAAAACUUCCGCCUGAGCACAUCGUUGCUGAUGUUUGCUAUCGAUACAGUCUUGUACACGCUGUUGGGACUUUACUUUGAGAAGGUUGUACCAAAAGAGCACGGAACGACGUUAAAGUGGUAUUUCCCGCUGUCUCCUUUGUACUGGAAGAGCAACGAAGAGAUUUGCAAGGCAUCGGUGACGGAACUUCCCUCUGACGCAUUGUUGGACCGCGUUUCAGUGGAUAUGAACAAUAGCAUCGAACCGGUGAGCGCGGAAUUACGUGAACAAGAGCGGCGGGGCGAAGCUCUGACAGUCGAGCGGUUGCGCAAGGUUUUUUCUGUUCCUGGUGGUGAAAAGGUGGCAGUGCAACGACUUAGUCUGACCAUGUACCGGAACCAGAUCACGUGUUUGCUGGGACACAACGGUGCUGGCAAAACGACACUUAUAUCAAUGCUGACGGGCAUGAUCGCGCCUACAAGUGGCAAUGCUUUUUUUCGUGGCAUGUCUAUCACCGAGGACAUGGACAAGAUCCGUCGGUCUCUGGGUCUUUGCUUUCAGCAUGACGUGCUUUUCAAUGAGCUGACUGUGGAGGAACACUUGCGCUUUUUCGGUCGUAUCAAGGGCUACACGACAGCUGAACUGGAGUCUGUCAUUACGAAGCAGAUUCGCGAGGUCGGACUUACUGAGAAACGCCACGCAAAUCCGACUGAGCUUUCCGGCGGUAUGAAGCGAAAGCUGUCUGUCGCUGUGUCUCUGCUCGGUGACAGCACGCUGGUGUUUUUGGACGAGCCGACGUCGGGAAUGGACCCAUACAGUCGUCGAAGCACAUGGGAGAUCCUGCUGAACAACCGCAACGACCGUGUCAUGGUGCUAACGACUCAUUUUAUGGACGAAGCUGACAUUCUGGGCGACCGUAUUGCGAUCAUGGCAGAAGGCGAGCUGCGUUGCUGUGGCUCUUCGCUGUUUUUGAAGAACCGCUACGGGGCAGGCUACAACUUGGCCCUUGUGAAGGAUGAUGCGACGUGCGAGGAUAGCGACGUGAUUCAGUUUGUGACAUCGCGAAUACCUGCAGCGCAGCUGCUGAGUAGUGUUGGCAGCGAGAUUGCGUUCCAGCUGCCCCUCGCGAGUGCAUCGACGUUUGCGUCCAUGUUUGCGGAUUUGGACGACAAUUUGCAGCAGCUCGGUUUAGUAUCGUAUGGUAUCUCGGUGACUACUCUGGAAGAAGUGUUUAUAAAGGUGGCCGAAGCAGAUGACCAGACUAGCCAACACACGCUUGCGAACCGGGCUCGUUUCGAAUCGGUUGCGUCAAGUCCUGCUCCAGAGAGUGGUGCGAAUGCUGGUUUCGAUCCGACGCAAUCUUCUUACUUCAUGACUCACCUCCGUGCUCUUAUCCUGAAGCGGUUCAGGUAUGCAAAGCGUGACAAGAAGAUGAUCUUCUACAGUUUGGCUCUCCCCGUUUUGCUUCUGCUGGUUGGUCUGGGUCUGCUCCAAGGAGCAAAUCUUACCGAUAACGACCCGAAUCUGCCCUUGACCACGAACGCGUUUGACAACGGGGCCGAGACGCCAACGCCAUACUUUUGCCAGCCUGGCGCUACGGAGGACGCGUGGUGUAGCAGUGCCAUGGGUAGUGCCUACUUCAAUGAUGUGUCUACAGAAGCGCUUGCGCUAUCGGAACCGUCGUUCGACUCGACCUCUCCCACCGUCUUUGGCGUGACGUACACGGACCCCACAGUGAAUACUACUGGUGCCACGGGCUAUGGUUUGCGCCUGGGUGAGGAAGUGUACAAUCGCGGCACCGGCAUCAACACCGACACUGUUCGUGGGCAAUAUGGCGCCUACCUCGUCCAUGGUGACAGCAACCGAAACCUGUUUGGCUACAACAUGUUUGUGAACACCACUUCGACACAUGGGGCUAUCAUCUUCAAGGCACUGAUGGAUCAGGCGAUCUACCGAUUUUUCGCUUCAAACUCAAGCUCCAGCGCCUCGAACGUCAAUUUGAUAGUCAACAACCACCCACUACCCUUGACCGCCGAUUCGGAAGCUUUGUUCGGAUCUUUUCUGGCGUUCACGGCAUGCCUGUUUAUCUGCAUCGCCUUCACGUUUUACCCGGCGUCCAUCGUGACCUUCCUCGUGAAGGAGAAGCAGGCAAACCAGAACUCGAAACACCAGCAGUUGGUAUCUGGUGUGUCGCUGGGAGCGUUCUGGCUUUCCAACUACAUUUGGGACUUCUCGCUCUACUUGAUUCCGUGCGCCGCCGCGCUUCUCACGAUCACUGGUUUCAGCAUCGAUUCCAUGACUGGUAGCUCAGAGUGCGGCAGCUGCACGUCCGAGACGUUUCCGUCCGUGAUCGUCCUCUUCCUUCUGUUUGGACUGGCCGUCUGCCCGUUCACGUACUGUUUGUCGUAUCUGUUCAAGGAGCACGCUUCGUCUCAAACGUACACGAUAAUGAUCAACUUCGUUGUUGGCGUGGUGCUCAUGGUGAUAUCGUUUGUACUGGAUGUAAUUGAUUCGACGCAAGACGUCAACGAGGUGCUGGUGUUCUUCUGGCGCUUGUCGCCACUCUUCAACCUGGGCUAUGGGCUGCUGAGCUUGGUGCGAAAUGAGCUCGACUCCAUCCGACAGAGCGAUGAUGCAAAGACGAGUCCGUUCAGCACUGACAUCAUGGGCUGGGAGAUGAUUUUUUUGUUCGUUACAGCUAUACUGUACGGCACCCUGGCAGUAUUGAUCGACUACUCGAUGACGUUUCCGAAGGUAAAGGACUGGAUGAGUGGCGGUGGCAAUGUUCAAGACGAACCUUUUGACGAAGACGUCGAUGUUGAAAAGGAGGCUCGGCGUGUGGCCGGCGGACAAGCAGAUGGCGAUAUUGUAAAGCUUGCAGGACUUCGCAAGGUAUACCGUGGCGGCAAGGUCGCAGUACGCAACCUCUCUUUUGGCUUGAAGCGUGGCGAGUGCUUUGGCUUUCUCGGUAUCAACGGUGCCGGUAAGACGACAACGAUGAAGAUGCUGACGGGCGAUGAACUUCCGACGCGGGGCACGGCAACGCUGGGAGGUUUCGACAUCCUCACGCAGCAGAUUGAAGUGCGACGUCAAAUUGGAUACUGUCCACAGUUUGAUGCUCUGUUUGAGCUACUUACAGUCCGCGAGCACCUGGAGCUGUUUGCGUCGAUCAAGGGUGUCAGUCGCUCGCGUUUGCGCGGAGUCGUGAGCGAUAAGAUCAAGCAACUGAACUUGGGAGACUUUGAGAACAAGCUAGCCGGCAGCUUGAGUGGCGGAAACAAGCGCAAGCUAUCAGUGGCCAUCGCCUUGAUUGGUGACCCGCAGAUUGUGUUUUUAGAUGAGCCGUCGACCGGUAUGGACCCCGUGUCGCGACGCUUUAUGUGGGACGUCAUCGCCGACAUUUCCACUCGUGGCAAGAACUCCACGAUCGUGCUUACGACACAUAGCAUGGAAGAAUCGGAGGCCUUGUGCUCUCGUGUGGGCAUUAUGGUCGGUGGUCACCUGCGUUGCUUAGGCAGCGUCCAGCACUUGAAGUCUCGUUUCGGAGACGGUCUGGUCUUUGAUGUGAAGCUCGCCAAUCCCACGCAGCAGGAGUUGGUCGACCUCAUGCAGCAGCAUUACGACGAUGCCGACGAGAAUAUGACACUCGACAACCUGGACGACAAGUGCAGAGCUUUUGGGAACCAGGAGCUGGCUCAGCGAGUGGUGGCCUCGCACCCGACAGGUUAUGGUCUCGCUGCCAUACUGGAACGUGACGGAUUCGUCAGGGCAGAGACGUUCCUGUCGUGGUGUUUGGAGGAAACCCGUUUCGACGCGCUGUAUGACUUUCUCGGCCGCUCGUUUAGCCAUGGCAGUGUGGUGGUAAUGGAGCGCCAGAACGACUUUUGCCGCUUCAAGCUGCAUGGAUCAAGGGAAGAACUGCGAUUGUCCAAGGUGUUUGCGCUGAUCGAAGGCAUGAAGGAGACGAUGCACAUUCGCGAAUACAACGUUUCACAGACCUCGCUCGAGCAGAUCUUCAACUUCUUUGCUGCCCAGCAAGCUGAGGAGACGGGUGUAGCGCGUGGGUUUCAGGAGGCUUGA